AUGACUUUUGAGUUGACUCAAACGUCAGUCACAUGGCAUUGCCCCCCAACCCCAUUCAGAAUGCUUGCAUCCAACGAGCUCUCUGGCGAUAUCCCUCCCAUUCUCGGUGACCUCACAGACCUCAGGAGGCUGGAUCUCAGCAACAACAUCUUCACGGGCUCGCUGCCUUUGGGCUACAGCCGCCUCUCCCAGCUCUCCACCCUGUCAGUACCAUGCAGUAGCGUGUGUCACGCCCUGCCGACUCAAAACACGGGCUCGAAGCUGCCUUUGGGCUACAGUCGCAUCUCUCAGCUCUCCACCCUGCUCCCCUCAUAUGCACUCCCUGCAUCUGCACUCCCCGCAUCUGCACUCCCCGCAUCUGCACUCCCCGCAUCUGCACUCCCUGCAUCUGUGGACCCCUCACUGUCGGUGCUCCCUCCCCGCCCAGUGACCGCACUGCUGCCAUUCACUCCACUGUUUCUUCUCUCUAUCCCACAAUCUAUCUAUCACCCUGACUCUCCAUCAUUUUCUGUUUUCUGUCUCGCUGUCCAUUUCUCCGUUUGUCCCUGUGCCCCUCUGCCCCUCGGUCCCUUUGUCCCUGUGUCCCUCGGUCCCUUUGUCCCUGUCUCCCUCUUCCCCUCUGUCACUCUGUCCCCUUUUCCCUCUGUCCCGCUGUCUAUCUGUCUCUCUGCUACUCCCUCUGCUGCUCCCUCCAGCUCUCUUUCCAACAAUGUACUCACGGGUUCCAUUCCAGCUGGAGUGCUUGCACAUAUUACCAACCUGGAAAAGCUGUAA